UCUCGCGCGCAAUGGCAACGAUAAUGGCAGUCAUACCGAUGCCACUUGGCUACAACGUGAAAAGUAACACAUCAUCCGCCACGUUGCGGUCAAACAUUAGUCGCAACAGAAAGUCAGCUUAUCCCACGGUGAGGAUGAAGACUCGCAUACACCGUCUGGUCGAGGAUCACGGGAUCGUACUGAUCCCAGGUUGCUACGAUGCGCUCUCCGCUGCAAUUGUACAAAAAUUAGGAUUUCACGCCGGUUUUAUCUCCGGCUACGCUCUCUCCGCAACUCUCCUCGGCAAACCAGACUUUGGCUUGAUAACGUCUCCGGAAAUAGCGGCGGCGACAAGGAUUGUCUGUGCGGCGGCUCCGAUGAUCCCGAUCAUUGUUGAUGCUGAAACUGGCGGUGGCUCUGCUCUCAAUGUUCAGAGGACUAUCAAGGAAUUGAUUGCAGCUGGUGCUGCUGGUUGUUUCUUCCAUGAUCAAGCAUGGCCAAAGAAGUAUGGACACACACCUGGGGAACAGAUAAUACCUGCUGAGGAGCAUGCUGUCAAAAUAGCAUCUGCCAGGGAUGCUAUUGGUGAUUCUGACUUUUUUCUCAUGGCUAGGACUGAUGCGCGUGUAACAUCAGGAAAAAAGGGUUUGUCAGAUGCAAGCCAGGCUAAUCUUUACGUGGAGGUAGGAGCUGAUGCCUCCUUUGUGGAGGCUCCAAGAGAUGAUAAAGAGCUUGAAGAGAUUGGUCGCAAGACCAAGGGUUACAGAGUUUGUGAUAUGUAUGAAGGUGGAGUCACACCCUUACACACUCCUGAGGAAGUGAAAGCAAUGGGUUUCCAUUUGAUCGUGCAUCCACUCUCAACCUUCUAUGCAUCAGCACGUGCCUUGCUUGAUGUCCUCAAGAUAAUGAAGGAAAAUGGAACUACUAGAAAUCACCUCCACAAGAUGGCCACCUUUGAGGAUUCAAUCAGUUGGCUUGAGCUUGAAACGAGCACAUUUAGAUUUGCAUCUUUACUACCUCAACUGGAGCUCUAACUGAAAGUUCUCUUAGUUAAAC